AUGCAAACAUCCACGGAUACAGCCGCGAAUGAUGUCGUGACAACAACAACACCGACACAAGCUUCUAGCAACGAGAAAAAUCCAUCUCCUUUACAGUCGCUUUGGAGCGAUGCCGCUCUCCACUCUCACAAAGAGAUCUGGGGCGUGACAUUGGCUGACCCUUCUACACAUAUCCCUAGUCAAAUCAUUUUUCAGAAAUAUCUGAACGCCAAUGACGGUGACCUCGACAAAGCCAAAGAACAGCUGAAGAGUACACUCGACUUCCGAGCCAAAACUAAUCCAGCUGGCUUGAUUGAGAAACUCUACUCUAAGGAUAAGUUUGCUGGUCUUGGAUAUAUAACUAGUUAUACUGGCACAUCGAAACCCAAGGCUGUUUUCACCUGGAACAUAUAUGGUGGAGUGAAGGAUAUUCAGAAAAGUUUUGGCGAUCUGGAUGCUUUCAUCGACUGGCGGGUUGCCCUUAUGGAGACGGCCAUGCACGAGCUUGACAUCGCAAGUGCAACUGAACCUAUUAGCGCCGAUAACGACCCGUGGAAGAUCUACCAAGUACACGACUACAAAGGCACCAGCUUCUUGAGAAGUCCACCAGCCGUCAGAAAUGCCGCCCGCAAGACAGUUGAGGUACUUUCCACGGCCUAUCCAGAGACGUUGAAGGAGAAGUUUUUCAUCAACGUUCCAGCUAUUAUGGGUUUUAUGUAUGGAGUCAUGAAGCUAUUUGUAGCUCCCAAAACGAUCAAGAAGUUUCACCCCAUGAGUGAUGGUAGUGCACUCCAUCUUGAAUUCAGUGGCAGCAAUAUUGAAGGUCUUGGCGAAAAAUUGCCGAGGGAAUAUGGUGGUAAAGGUGAGGAGCUGACCCGAUCUGGAAGAGAGCUUCAGUUUGAGUGA